AUGCUAGUGUUGCUCUUCUUAGCUGCACUGUUCUCAGUGCAGCAGUCUUCAGCUGAGACCAAGGUAAGAAAAUUCUAACUCUAUAUUUCACAACCUGGAUAAAUGUAUAUGCUACCACAACAUUAUAGCAUGGAAUUCCUUUAUGGGCUACUGUACAUAAUCCUCGAAGGAUAGUUCUUCAGAAGGCUCUUAUCUACAUGUAGUUAAGUUAUCAACUCUCGCGAAAAUUAUCAAGAUAUUACGUAAAACAAUGAAACUAUCAUAGUUGCUAUUAGUUGCAGACUUAAUGGGUUUAGUUUUAGGUAAGAAAAUUACCUUUCUUCGUCGCACUUUUCAGUAUACACACCCGACCCAACAAUGAGUUAGAAACAUGUUACAUUAAACGGUAAAUAUUUCUAUAGUUCACUACAAUAUUUCUCACAAAAUCGCGAAAUUUAAAACUCCCGAAAACAGCCUUUCAGUUUUUGUUUAUAAAGUUAGUGGGGACUAGAAAUACCCGUUUCUCUGCAUGUCAAACUGCAUAUUUCGCAACUUACAAUCAAAGGCCAAGACCUUUACAUCAUCACACUGAAAAAGCCCACGCAACACGUAAAAUGUAUCCAAUUUCCCAGACACACGCUUACACAUUAACUGAAUCCCAAGGGGGGGCGGGGGGAAGAAGGGUACCCCCAGAAAAAUUCGGUGGGGGUGUGCAGCACGCUUUCUGAAACCCUUACCCUAUUUCCGACCGAAAUCUGUUAUUUAUCCUACCCUAUUUCAGACCUGACGCGUGACCGGAGCGCGUGACAAAACGUCACGGCACGUAAACGGUUGACGUAAACAUUACAAGGGAAAUGGUCUUAUCGCCUAAUGAUGAAGAAGUAGCCUCAUCUAAAAAACAUACCCAAUUCAAGACAAGCAUGUACAAACCAUACCCUAUUUCAAACCAAAAUGGUCGAAAUUAAUACCCUAUUUCAGACCAAAACAGCUAAAAAAACAUACCCUUUGGCGCCGCACAUACCUAUAUAGCCUAUAUAAGGGGGUACCCCCAACAUAAGGGCACCACAAACAAGCAAUCAUUUCGCCGUCAAGCUUGGUUAAUCCAGCUGAAACUUGCCGACGCAAAAUGUCCGAUGCGAGAAGGACAGUUUUAAUACGAGUUUUAACGACAGAAUUGUUCAACGCAGUUAAUGAAGCCUAACACCCUUAAGUCAACAACGCUUACAGUGUAUCGUCACAAGGUUGCCGCGCAUACUUAUAAUACAUUGUAAUUACAAUUUGCACUAAAACUUGUACUUUUUGUUCCAGGAAAAAAUUCCUUACUACCAGCUGUUUACACCCAUGAAGUUAGUGAAUGCAGCAAGCUUUAUCUACCAUCAACAUACCGUGACUGCCACUAAACUGACCUUCCUGAGCGCACCAGUGAAUUUCGCUCGCCUCAUGCAAGUACCACUUAUUCCAGCAGAAACGCUAAAUGCCGAUGCAAACCUUGUUAUAAAGAUGAUCAUCGGGACUGACAUUGAUAUCGGUCAGGGAGAAAGCGAUCCCUCGUACGUGAUUUCCGACGGUCAGUUUUUUGUUGGUGUUCAUAUUCGCGACAAAAACAAUUACAAAAAUGCGUCUCCUUGUGAUCCAGUCGAAGGAAGCAGCGGCAACACAAUGGGUAGUGAUCGUCGUAAUGGCUCGCCUUUGCCGAAGCCUGCCGAGUCUUACUACCCGGGAAGGGUCGAGACCAAGCUAAGCCUAUCUGACCGGUGGGGAACCUGUUUUACUUCCCACGAUGGCGGCUUCAGCAGUGAGAUGAUUUUUCAACACAAGCUGAAUCCUCAAAAAGGCCUAUUUCUGGAAAUAUACGCUGAUGCCAGCAACGAAAAAGUCGGCAUCAAGUACAUUGAAGUGAGCAUCGUGCGGGAAGGCUGA